UGGGGUACGACAACCCUCGUCCGUACUGCCAAACCGAAUCAGACCGGAUCGAAUCUCGAACCUGGUUCGACUCGAAGCAGGAUGACCUUGCCUAUAUCUAUGACGACGUCAGUGUCGUCCGACAAGGACGGCCACGACGCCGAACAUGAACAUGAGAUAUCCCGAGGGAAAUCGCAUGUCGGGAAAGGUAUCGAUAUCGAAAGGGAAAGGUCGGGUUCUUUCCCCCCGACCGUCUUUCCCCAGAACCACAAACAAGAGCACUCCCACUCCCACUCUCCAUCCCGCCCUGUUCCACACACCACCACACCCACUUAUUCCGAGGGCGAAGGGACGAUGACUACGGGUUCGACCGCUCAGACUGUGGAGAUUGCCGAGCUGGACGACUAUGACGUCGGGCCAGAUGUAAAGGAUGGAGAUAGAGCUGGAGGAGGGAAGAUGGGAAGGAAGCAGCAUGGAUUUGAGGGUGGGGAGGUUAGGAUUGUCCGGGAGGACGAAGGACAAGAAGAAGAGACAGAAGAGGAGAACAUGGGGAUGGGUGUGUUUGGGGCACUUGAUCCUACUCAACUGCAACGUCACGCCGAACACCGAUCGACAAGCUACAAUCCCCUGGACCUCGGUUACGGCUACAACAACGCCCAUUCCCGUACCAUCAGCAAUACCACUGUCCACCCCCAUCCUACCAUUAACACCCACGCCCAUCCCAACCCGACCCGCACGGAGACCCCUCCUUUGACCACAUCCAACCUCAACCUGCACCAACUCCCCGCUCAAACCAACCCGGAGUUUACGAUCAAGCGGUUCGGACUGGAACGGACUGCUAGUUGGGCGACAGCUAGCGCGAGUGUGGGAAGGACCGGGUUGAACAGCAGUGGGAGUGCCGAUAGUGGUGUCGCUUCCAGCAAAGAGCACCAGGAGAAGGAGGCAAGGAAUCUCGUUAGGCCGGGUUAUAAGAGGUCCAGGACCGCCUUUUCUGGGACGACCUCGAGGUUGACUGCCGUAGGAACCAUCAAUGGGAGUGGGAAGAACACCAGCGGACUGAACACGAAGCCUGCGGGAUUGCAGAGGAGCAGGAGCUUUUCGUCCUCGGCGGCGGUUUACCCAGUUAACGGUACCUCACCGACGACGACGACGGCGAUGUUCCACCCGUACCGCCUUGCACUCCCUCAGAGCAAGAAAUCCAGAACCCAAGAGCAGGAGGUCUAUUUGACCAGUCCCUUGUUCACCAUGGAUAACAAUGCCGGGUACUUUGAACGCCCUUGUUCCCCCAUCUCUGCGUCGGCAGUUGCAGGGGGUUCCAAGUACAGAACCCGACCUGGAUUGACGAGGACUUUGUCGUCAAAGACCGAUUCCGAGGCGAGGUCUAAUGCGUCGUCCACUCUCACCUCGGGACCCGGUAUAGGGAACCAACACCGUUCGUAUCAAUCAUCUCUGCUCCGACCUCGACCUAAACUCUGGAGAGGGUUCAGUCAGCCUGCUAGGCACCGCCCCGCCCCUGGCUCGGACGUGCCCCCUUCUCCGGGUUCAUCAUCUCUACGGGAAGGAUCGGCCGGGUCGGUCGACGAGUACAUGAUCGAUAUGGACAAGUGGAUCUUGGGUACCGGAGAGGCUUCGGCCAGUCAGAGGUCGCCGUCUCCUUCUCCUUCGCCUGAGCCCGAACUCUGCAUGGAAGGUCAAGGCGUAAAGGAUGUGGCCGCGGGUGACAGGGCCAGCCAGGAUGACCAAGAGGAUUUGUGGGUGGAUGGAUGUCGGAUACAGUGUGCGGAUGGGACGGAAUGCUUGACCACCUCCGAGGCGUACGUCUUGAACGUGCAGCUCUUGCAUCAAACGUACUCGACCAGCAUGUACGUCUCGAAAGAGUACAACCUGCACAUUGCCGGGGAAAAGACGCAUAUGGAGGAAUACGACCGCGUGAUCGAGUACCCGAAGACGGCCGAUAUGGGCAAAUUGAAGGCGACCUUGGUUGAUGGACUCGUCUCCGUCUAUGUCCCACGACUACCCGAAGCGCCGCCUGCACCGGCGUGAACCUGCAUCCGACAGAGAAGCAUGUAAGGAAGAGCAAUAAUCGCAUCACAUCGAACACUGUAUCAUUGCACCAGCAUCACAAGGAAGGCUCUCGGCACCUCUUCACCAUUACGGACAAAUGAACCCGUUGACUCGACCCAUCAAAUGUAUCGUUAGAACAGCAUCAUCCAUCCCCGUCCGGCGCUUAUCGCCCGUCACAUGCGCUUUGCGUCGGGACAUCUCGGCCCUUAUGUAUCCAUAGCCAAAUCAGAAGAAGUCCCAAUGUAGCAUGUCAUUGUCAUUUAUCAUCAGUCGCGUAUGACGAGACGAUCUUUC